AUUUUGCAAGUUAAAGUGUAAUGAUUUUAUUUGUUAUAGACUUGAUUGCAGACGUGGAAUUGACAAUCUUGUAUAGAUAAAAAUGUAAAAUUUUUUCCAAAAUUUUUCACACUGCCAUGUAGGGUAUGUCUACUCGCCACAAUAUUCCACAUGCACUAUUGUUGGCAUGAGAAUUUUUCCUUCUAUGCUCUGCUACUGCAGUAACAUUAUUAGAAGGUCCAAUUGUUAUGUGAAUGUGACCCAGUCUCCAGUCUGCAAAAUCAUUUUCAUAAGAUUUAUAAAGGGAUAACUAAGAACUGAAAUUUCUUCAGUGUCAAGUUAGCAUCAUUGUUUUAUUAUAGUUUGUCUGAUCAUGCAUUACUUAUUAAAAUAAGUACCAUGACUUUUCAAUUGUCAAAGAAUUGUGAAAAAUAUUUUAUCACUCCUUUUAUAUCUAAAACUCAUUAGAUGAUGAUUGUAGUAAUAAUUUACAUAUUAAGACAGACAGACAGCAGUGCAAAAUUUCAUUCUAGCAGAUGAAUUUUGAAACUUUCCCAAAAAUUGAAACUGCAUAUUCAGGACAGUGUGUAUAUGAAAUUUGGUUGAGAUUGAUGUAAUAGUUCUUUCUACAGAGAGCUCUGAAUACCUACUUUUUGAUAUGAUCACUUUGUAGGUAAAAAAAAGUUUUACAUAAGAACUAUAAAAUACAAAAACUAGUUUUUGCAUACUCUCUUAUUCAGAAAUUCAUGAAAAACACUUUAAAUUUCUGCAUUUUUAUCUACAUUUAAGAAACUGUAAUGUUUAAUAUCCAAUUCUGGAAGACGGUUAAUAACUAAUCAUGUUCUUAUAUAAACCGACGGUUAGUGAAUUAAAAUAUUCAUUAUUAAUUGCAUUGUAACUAACAAAGUUCAGGAAAACUCAUCUCUAUUGUAUUAUUUCUAUAAUUCAUUAUAUAUUUUAGCCAUUUUUAUAGUCAAUUUGAUUUAAUUUUUACCAAAUGUUUUUAUAGAUGGUGAAACCUCACAUUCCUCUAAUUCGAUUUAGGAAAGGAGGACGGCCAAUACAAGAACAUGUCUCCGAACAGUCGUCGUCUAAAACAAAAAGUGUCGUAGACGAAUUUGAAUUGCCGGCAAAAUAUGCACGAAAGCCUCUAUCUCAUCAAGAAAUGGAAUUUAUAGAAAGAGGAGGACCAGAAUAAUUUUGUAAAUUAUAUGAUUGCACAAUAGGUUUUAUUUAUCACAGAUUUGUGUAAUGGAAAGAUGAAUGGAUCUUCAAAUCCAACUCUGAUUACUUAAAGGCAUUCUGUAGAUACUUUAAUAAAUUAUUUACAUAUACA